GUGUUAUUGUACAAUGCGCUAUAUUGAAUCGUUUCCGGAAGCAAAGUUUCACACGAAUUGAUCAAUUCAUUUUAUGUUACGGUGGAUUACGUGGAGCUAUAGCAUUUGGCUUAGUUGCUUCUAUGCCAAAUAAUAUUCAUGCUAAAAGUAUGUUUACAACAGCCUGUAUAGCUGUCAUCUAUUUCACCGUUUUUCUACAAGGAAUAACAAUCCGUCCUUUAGCAACAUAUCUAAACAUUGAAAGAGAUGCGGAAGAAGAUCCAACGAUGAUACAAAGUGUUUAUAUGAGG